CAGAUUGUCUCACCUGUGUCCUCUCAAUCAACAGCGGAAAGCUUCCAAAAAGGUUCAGAGCUGCCGGGCACAACCCUGACUUGUACAGUAGUUUGAUUUGAAUGCGGCUAAUAGACCGGAUCGCACUGGUCACUGAGAUAUGGCUACGACUGUGAGAUUUUUGCUCUUCUCUUGGUUGGUCUUUCAGACACACCACGUGAAUGCUUACAACGCUGGAUUUGAUGAAAGCAAAGCUAAAGGGGCGGCUGCAAGAUUCAAACCAGAUUCUAGUUCAGAACACGACUCGUCGUGGACGUCCUUCGAUCAUUCUGCCUCUAAAGGAAGUGAGCGACAGGUUGCAGAUACAGGUUAUCCGCAGCAGCAGCAGCAGCAGCAGCAGCAGCACCCAUGGAUGCCCCACCCUCCUCAGAAGGGGACCCAGUGGUCCAGCCAGCUCCCACAACACUCAAAGAUGUCUGGCUUUCCUCCACAAUCGCCUCAGCAAGUCAAAUUACCCUUCUACCUUUCCCACCAUCCCAUGCACUCUGAGGGAGCUGCCUACCAGCCCCCACACCCCCAGGGACCCAGCUACUCGUCCCAACAGCCCCAAAGCCCAGAAUUGCCCCGCUACCUAUCACAGGAACACCACCACCCUGAGUGGGAGCUCCAGAAGAUGCAACACCCUCAGUCUCCCGGCUCACCCCCACAGCAGCCCAAGUUACCCGGCCAUCCACAUCAGCAGCCCCCCAAAAUGCCGAUCUACCCUUCUCCACAACCGAAGUUACCCAGCUACCUUCCUGAGCAGCAGCAGCACCAGCAGCAGCAGCAGCAGCAGCAGCGGCACCCCAAACCUCCUGCUUUUCUGCCACAGCUGCCUCAAGAGCGGCAUCCGUCUGAGGAGUCGGGCUUCCCCACCCAGCACCACAGCUCGCCCAGUUACCCUCAACUGCCCCAAGAGUCCCAGCAGCAACAUGCUCCCAGUUACCCCGCACAGCACUCUGGAAUGCCUUACCUGCCACCCAUGCACCACCAACCACAGAUGAGCGGCUACGUGCCGCAGCAUCAUGGCAUGAACAGCUACCCGCCUCAACACAAGCCGCCCGGCUACCCCCCCCAGGAGCCGAGGCACAAAGACUUUUCCGGUUAUCCAAACCAGCGACUGCAGAGCCCUGAAGCAAGCGCUGACCUGCCACAUCAGCCCUGGCAAAAGCCCCCGUCUGAAGCAUUUCCCCCACCUCGACAGUCUCAGGCCCACAGUUAUCCAUCUGUGGGUCAACAACAACCCAAAUGGCUGCAAGGGCCCCGCCUCCCAAACCAGAAACGGCAAGCGCCACGCUACAUCCCAAAGAGGGUCCCGCAUCAUAGCUUCAUGCCCCAGCGGCCUCACGUACCGUCUUACCACGCAAAGCGGCCGCACUACCCAAACAACUGGCUGCAGAGAGGACACUGAGGAUGAGAGCGUCACUGUAGUCUUUAAAUAAAACACUUUAAUUUAUGGAGUCUCUGUGCAGGAUUGAUUAAAAAGAUCAACUUUUUUCCAAA